AUGCGUCGUCACGGCAGGUCCAGUGGCGGCUCGACGAAGGCUGCCUCGCCUUUAUCCGACAAUGUAUCCCUCAUCCGAUCCUUCGACUCUGUCCUCAACCCAAACCGACCCACGCGCCCUUCGCCCUUAGCUUCCUCCCACAUCCAAGCUUUGCCCUUAGAAUUGAUCGACCGAUUGCGGUCCUUCCCUCUAUUCCAAGCCACUCCAGAGGCAUUCCUGAUCGAGGUCGGAAAGCAUUUGCGCCCUCAACUCCACACGCCCAACGACUACAUUUUGACCGAAGGCGAUGAGGCCAAAGCGAUCUACUGGUUGGUGCGGGGUGCGGUCUCGGUCACAUCUCGGGACGGCGAGAGUAUAUACGCCGAGCUCCAACCAGGGGCCUUCUUCGGUGAGAUUGGACUGCUUAUGGAUCGUCCUCGCACAGCAACUAUUAUCGCCCGGACUAGAUGCAUGCUGGUCGUGCUGACAAAGGACGAUUUUCAAAAUAUACUACCGCGUUUCCCUGAGGUUGAACAAGCUAUCCGGGAAGAGGCGCAGGAGCGGUUGAUGAUUCUGGAAAAGAAAAAGAAAGAAACAUCCGCUCCUGCGCUAGAUCCGCCAAGCCCCGGAAGAAGAGGCUCCAAAAGAUUACGCGAAAGCUUUUCUAAAGAUUUGGCUGUUGUUGAAGAUGACGAAGACCCAAGUGCCAAAUCAGUCUACAAGAAGAGGAAAUCACCGAGCCCCGGUCGGCGGGAUGGCUCUAGCGCAUUGGCAAACGGGUUGGUGAAUGUACGUCUCUUGCUCAAAGAGCUGCCACUAUUCUCCGGGCUGCCUGCCGAUAUUCUUCACUUCCUUGGUCUAAAUGCUCAACCGCGAUCAUUCCCUCCAUUCACCGACAUCAUACAACAAGACUCACAAGGCCGCGAACUCUAUUUCAUAGUUCGCGGUGAGGUCGAAGUCCUUACAGAGAAGCAGGAUACGAAUCACCGUGUUGACGGUGGAAGGCGACCCAGGGUGGAGGUUAAAGCUAGAUUGAAGCAGGGUCAGUACUUUGGUGAGGUAGUCAGUCUGGCUCUAGCACCCCGACGGACAGCUACAGUCCGAUCUGUAACCUCGGUCGAAUGCUUGAUGCUAGGGGGUGACGUUUUGGCUGAGUUCUGGGAUAAAUGUCCCAGUAGCGUGCGUGAUCAAGUUGAACGCACUGCCCAGGAAAGGCUUCAGGCAGCUGCUGAUGGUGACGUUGUCAUGUCCGAUGAAGCAGAGCCUCAGCCAUCGAUGGGAGAUCUUGCUAUUGGUGAUCGAGUAAAGAUCACGUCGUCGCGACGUCGUUCAAUGCCGCUCCUGACACUCACUGAAACCGAACUUGAUGGCCCACACCAGUCAUCUCCGGUUGAGGAUCAGGAUCAGGCUGUGCUGCGACCGUCUGAUCCUGAUCCUUACCUGAGCCUUGGCUUGGACAAGGUUCGGUUGAGAAGUCGACGUGGGUCUCGGGGGAAAGCCCACGAUCAUCCCCCCACCGAGCCACGCUCUGCUGGCUCCUCAAGCAUGGCCCUCAAUGAGACCGCCGGCCUUUCAAAACCAUAUCAAUCCGAACGGCCCCGAGUCGAUGGGGCCAACGGUUUACUUCCGGAUAGUGUCCUGGUCAACAUUUUCCAGAAUUUGGAACUACAUCACCUCCUUCGAUUCAGGGCUGUUUCAUCCCACUGGUCAGAGCUUCUGACUCAAUCUCCAGGAGUGGCCCAUAAUCUAGAUUUGAGUGUAUACAAUCGCAGGAUCACAGAUGAUGUCCUCACCAAGAUCAUCUGCCCAUUUGUCGGCAGCCGAGCCCGGUCUGUCAAUAUCAAUAACUGCUUUCAUAUCACGGAUGAAGGAUUCACAGCAUUGUCUGCAACAUGUGCACCAACCACCACUGUGUGGAAAAUGAAGAGUGUCUGGGACGUUACAGCCUCUGCCAUCCUUGACAUGUCCAGCAAGGCUACAAACAUCCAGGAGGUGGAUUUGAGCAAUUGCCGCAAGGUCGGAGACACGCUCCUUGCCCGGAUUGUUGGCUGGGUUGUUCCUGCUGAUCAGAAAGAGAACAAAUCGUCCAUCAAGCCCACGCUCCAGACUGCAGACUUGACAGUGUACGGCUGUCCAAAGCUAAGAAAACUCACUCUCUCGUAUUGCAAACACGUCACCGAUCGAUCUAUGCAUCACAUCGCUUCUCACGCUGCUGGUCGGAUUGAGGAAAUGGAUCUGACGCGUUGUACUACGAUCACCGACCAAGGGUUCAAAUACUGGGGGAGCGCCCAGUUCACCAAUCUCCGCAAGCUCUGCUUGGCGGAUUGUACUUAUCUGACGGAUAACGCCAUUGUACAUCUCACCAACGCCGCAAAGAACUUGGAAGAGUUGGAUCUGACAUUCUGCUGUGCCCUAUCAGACACAGCAACAGAGGUUCUGGCGCUGCAAUGCUCCAAGCUGAAAUACCUCAACAUGGCGUUUUGUGGCUCUGCGAUCUCUGACCCCUCCCUCAGAAGCAUCAGCCUUCAUCUGCUCUCGCUGCAACAUUUGUCCGUGCGUGGCUGUGUGCGAGUCACUGGCACUGGUGUUGAGGCCGUGGCAGAUGGAUGCAACCAACUCCAAGUCUUUGAUGUCAGUCAAUGCAAGAAUCUCGGUCCCUGGCUUGAGGAUGGUGGGGCGAUUCGGUACCAGCCGAGAAUUGAGUUCAAAACAGUCGCCCCUAAUAAGACUCGUCGAUGA